AUGACAUUUGACGACAUUUUUAUGACCAAACAGAAGAAUCUACUGAAGAGAAAACACCUAUCGAUCCUUCUAAGGACAGAACCAAAGUUAUUCCUGUCGAAACAAGCAUUAAAUAUUUGCAAAGUAAAGCCUAUCAACACACUUAUGGUGACAAAGCGGUUUGGAAAUCCGUGCCCAAUUUGUCGCGAUGAAUAUCUUGUUUUGGAUCAUAGGAAUACACAACUGCUAGAGCAGUUUAUAUCUGAGUAUACUGGACAGAUAUUGGAUGCCUUUAAGACUGGGUUAUGCCAGAAGAAGCACAAAGAGUUACUUGUAGCUAUUGAAAGGGCCUGGGAUCAGGGCUACUUGACAUAUGAUGUGCCAUUGAGAAAGUAUGACUAUUCACUUUAUAAUAAAACCACGAAUUCUGUAUAA